AGUCAUGGUCACGCGCCACGAACCUACGCGCAAGUCAAACAUCCUCUCGUACACUGUCGUCGGGUUCAGCGUCCUCGUCACCCUCCUCGCGCUGCACUACGUGCACCGCAAGAUGCUCAAGGUCCGCAAAGACGUGUUCCUCGACAUGCGCGCGGACCUCGCGCGCCGCGGCGUGCACGAGCCCGCGCCACCCGACACGGACGACGAGUUCGCGUACGGCCAGCACGGGGUGUAGCCCCAUGGGAGCCACGUUCCCCGUGAGCCGGAGACGUAGGCGCCGCCUCAUAGAGGCGUGCAUCUACCCAACAGUUCGACAGGCCAAGGCACCCCCACAGAUCGAACACCACCCUCAGCCAUGUUGUACCAAAUGUAUCAGUGGAUAUUGUCCGG